GUACACAAAAGUGUGAUGGAAGAGUUAAAGAGGAUAAUCGAUGACAGUGAAAUCACGCAAGAAGAUGAUGCAUUAUGGCCGCCUCCUGACAGAGUUGGCCGGCAGGAGCUUGAAAUUGUAAUUGGUGAUGAACACAUCUCUUUUACCACAUCAAAAAUUGGUUCUCUUAUUGAUGUAAAUCAGUCCAAGGAUCCAGAAGGUCUAAGAGUGGUUUACUACCCUUGUCCAGGACCUCAAGUGUCGUCUUCAGUCUCAAUUGGAUUACACUUCAAGAUUAAGCCAAUUUAA